AUGGUGUCAGCUAUAAUCCGUUGUAGCCAGCUGUGGGAUUCUACUGGCAGACACAACACAGGAUUCUUCUGGGGCAAUACAUACUGGACAGGUUCAAAAAUGCAAUGUGAUUACAUAGCAGAGGGUGAAGCUCCAUUUUCAACUGCAUUUAGUGUGCUAAAAAUUGUAACUCGCUUACCUAAUCAUCUAUCCACCAUCCCUUCUGUAGUUCACCUGGGAGUAUGUUUGCCAGAUGUCUGCAGUAAUCAUGAUAUAAAAACCUUAACAGAACUUGUUAUGAAUAAUGGCACAUUAAAAUUUGGUGAACUUAUUAAUAUUCGUUCACCUCACAAUCCCUACUUAUUCUGGAAAGACCCAGUAUUCUGGAUACUUGUAGGAGUUUCUAUCUUUAUAUUCUCAAUGCUGGCUUUGGGGACAGCUUAUGAUUUCUACUUACUACAAAGGAAAGAAGAUUUUGCAAAAAACAAUACUUUUGAAUGUAACACUGGAAAUUCUAAUGGUAAAAUUAAUCAACAAAGUGGUAGAAUAACAACUAUUCAAACUCUUGAUCAGCUGUGUAAUAACAACAUUGUCAAAACUGUACACAUUGAUAAUUCACCAUCAAAACUGAAGAAGCACUGUCCUUUGCUGGAAAGCUUCCACCUAGAUAUGUCAAGAUUGCUGCGAGGCAUGAUAUUGUCAUUCUCGGUAAGACUUAAUUUGAAAACUAUAUGUGAUCGUGGAGUGGGAAGUGAUACCAUUCCUAUAAUACAUGGUCUCCGUUUCCUCAGCAUGAUAUGGGUGGUUCUUGGUCACUCUUGUAUUGUGGCUUUUAAGUACUCAGACAACAUGACUUACCGAGAAAUAAUGGAAAAUAAUUUUAUUUUUCAAAUUAUAACCAAUGCUCCCUACUCUGUAGAUACCUUUUUCUUUAUCAGUGGUUUGUUGGUAUCAUUUUUAUACUUUCGCACUGUGAUGAAAGUAGAUAUAAAUAGUGUCACAAAAACAACUGGUUUCAAGUCAGGAUUUAUGCAGUUUUUAGGUUUCUUAGGUUACCGUUAUCUCAGAUUGACUGUACCUUACAUGUUUGUUUUGGGCUGCGUUCAAAUUUGUAUGAAGUGGUUCCAACACAAUUCUGUGUUUGAGCCUCCAACACUUGAUCAUAUCAACUGUCCAGAAUAUUGGUGGAGGAAUGCUCUUUACAUCAACACACUGUUCCCAGUUCAAGACAUGUGCAUGUUGUGGAGCUGGUACCUUGCUGAUGACACUCAAUUUUAUGUACUGGGCUCAAUUUUGUUAAUUCUAGCAACAAGCCACUUUCGCUUUGCUGUUGCAAUUACAGCUACAUUUUUGGCAAGUUCAUGGUGCACUACUGCUUUUGUAGCUUUCAGUAACGAGCACAUGCCAAGUCUGGAUGAUCCCUUUGCUUUGUUUGAUAAAAUUUAUGAUAAACCUUGGACUCGCCUUGGUCCUUAUCUGAUUGGAAUGUGUGUUGGAUGGUAUUUGUGUAAGAAAAAUUGCACAAUUAGGAUGAACAAGAUCAUGGCAGCAACAGGAUGGGUUGUCUCAAUAAGUCUUCUCUUUUAUUUAAUAUUUGGACUUUUUAAGCAAGAACUCCAUCCCAUUAUUGCAGCUAUUUAUUCAUCUCUUAGUCACUCACUUUGGGCACUUGGAUUAUCAUGGAUUGUCAUUGCCUGCUGCACUGGAUAUGGAGGUUAUGUUAACAAACUAUUAUCCAUGUCAAUACUAUAUCCAUUCAGCCGAGUAACAUAUUGUGCCUACCUUGUGCACCCAAUUAUAAUAAGAGUAAUUCCAAUGACAUCAGAUGCACCAUUACAUUUAACCAAAGAAACUGUGGCUAUGCUUUUCCUUGGAGAACUGGUGGCAUCUUAUAUUGUUGCCUUUGUUGUAUCUCUUGCUUUUGAAGCACCAAUGGUAGCUCUAUUAAAAGUUAUUAAUCCAAUAAGGAAAGAUGAACCUAAGAAAAAUGACACCAAAUGAGGAAAAUCCCAGUGCAAAAAUCGAUGCCAAAUACUGGUCUGUUAAAAAAACAAGCAUUUAUGACAAGAUCGUUAUAUAGUAUAUAUUCUCACUCUCUCUCCUGUUAUUGGAAAGAAAUGUGUUAAUUGCUUGAUUCCUCUAGGAAGUUUUUAAUUCAGGACUGGUAAUUUUGAGCAAUUUGCAUCAAGAUUCAACUUCUUUGCGUUGUGUGAUAUUUGUACUAUCAUAUUAGAAAUGCAGGUCGUAGUCUCAUUAUUUUGAGUUUUGUUUUGUUAGUGCAAUUUGCAAGAUAUUCAGACAGUUAAAAUACUAUCCACUCUAUUAGAUUGCACACCAUUACAACUGAGAUGCACUUGCAUGCUUAAAUGUAUAAACUUUAUUUCAUGUAGAAUGUUGCAUAUCAUACUGAUAUAGAUAUGUCUCAGUUCUAGAGUGAGUGUGUUCGUCUAUUUCUUAACUGCAUUUUGUAUGGUUAUGAUAAGAGAGACUAUUACAAUGUGGAAGAUAAAAUCCACUUUAACAAAGUACCUGAAAACAGAAAAUAAGUGUUGAUCUAGUUGUAAACGUCUGUAGCUUAGCAAGUAGGAUAUGAUGUGAUUUACAGGGGCAGUUCCAGCUCAUCAUUUUGGAGGGGGCCAUCACAGAUUUUUAUUAAAUAGUAAACAUAUU